UUACUUUCACUCUUGCUCACAUUUGUUGGAGCUCUUGGUGAAGUGAGACUUGGAGUUUUAGAAGGAGGCUUUCAAGAGGUAGGAUUGGCCUUCCAUUUAGUUGGGUGUGUGGGCAGGCGCCAGGGAGAGUUGAUCAAGUUCUUCGAAUUGCGGAGGAGGAGCGCUAUUGGAACGUUCUAUUGUCUGAUUCUUCUCUUCGAGACAGCACUUUGUGGGAUCACGUUCCCCGUCAACCCGAAGAUCGAUUCAUGGCCCAAUCUUCUUUCACUCUUCCUCUGGCUGGUGACGGUGCUAUGGAACGUUUACGCUCACGCAAACAGAAGACUAGGACGACUCCUAGUGUUGAGAAGGAGGCUGUUACUACUGCUGCUCCUUCUUGUCCUUCUGCGAGGGCUCAGAAGAAGAAUAACAAGAGACCGUCUCCGGUUGAGUCGACCGAUUGGUUGAGUAAUACAGUUGAUCUUUCUUUUCCAUCUUCAGCGGCUGCACAUUCUGAGUUUGGCCUACACCUUGGUGAGGCCAGUAAGCUAUUAUUUCCAGAGGAUCGAGCUCGUUUUGAGAACAUCGGAGAAAUAGCUUCCAUGGAGUUGUCCAUCUCUCGCUCCUUUCAGGGUAUGCAAGGACUUAUGUACGCCUUGGAUAAGAUUAAGAACAUGAAGGAGCAAAUGAAGGACAUGAGGACUGAGCGUGAUACUUUGCGCGGGGAGAUUAAGGAGCUAAAGAGCUGCAAGAAAGAGCUUGACCGUGUCAGAGAAGAGUUACGAACUCAACUUGAUGCUAAGGAGCAAGAUUCUAAUCGUUUGAAGUCUGCCUUGGCUGAUCUUGCUACUGCCCAAGCUCGUGUGGACAUGUUGGAAGGUCGGUUAGCAGAAAUUGGACUGGAGGCUGAGAUCCAGUGUCGUGGAAAGAUGGCGAUGGAGUAUCGAGACAACAAGGCCGAGUCUUGGGACAUACCCCAGUACAUUGCUGACUAUGAAGAAUUGCUGCGGAUGAGGGCCGAGGAAGACGCUCGAACUAGCCAACUGGCUAACUCGUUUGAAGAGAUGACUACGAACGAUCUCCCGGUGGAUGACUCACAUCUUUCUUGAGUUAACUAUAUGUCAAGUGUUUUAUGUUUUUAAUGUUGUAAUAUGAACUUUUGUCUGGUUGGCUGACUUGCAUGGGUCUGGUGCCCCAUUUUCCCCUUAGUCUAAAUGUAGGUCAGCCAAAUUGGACUUAGACUUAGUAUUUUGGAAUGAUGUUUGUUGUAUGCGCUAUGUAUUUGUUGUAGUAACUGGUUUGGCUGACUUGUAUGGGUCUGGUACCCUAUUUUCCCCUUAGUCUAAAUGUAGGUCAGCUGAGUUAGAUUUAGACUUAGUAGUUCAGAAUGAUGUUUGGACUAUGUGGUUCGUUGUAUGCGUUGUGCUUCUACUUCAGUAGAAUAUUGUCUUGAAUUUAUUUUCGUUC